AACAUAGCUUGAUUGCUAUCACACACACACACACACACACAGAUGGGGAGUGUGGCGAGAAUGACGAAGCCUUAUCGGGCAGCCAUGAAGAAAGAAUGGCAAGAGUUGCUAGAGUUCUACACGAAUCAAUAUGAAUGCUUUGGUUUUCCUCUGUCGAACGUCACCAAGGACUCUGUGUUUCAUAUUGCUGUGCAAAGCGGAAACGUGAAGCUGCUCAAUGAUUUGCUAGAGAUUAAUGCAGAAGCACUUCUAUUUCCGAAUUUAACGGGAAACACAGCACUUCACGAGGCGGCUGCUUAUGGAAAUGUUGAAAUGGCAAAACUCUUAAUUAUGUAUGCCGAAAAAGAAACCAAACCUGGUGACCAACGGGCAGUUGAUAUAAACAAUCACAUUGGCGAAACUCCUUUGUUUAGGGCAGCUGCAUUUGGCAGGACAGAAAUGGUUGAGUUUUUGGCCAAAAAAGUUGGGGACAACUACAAGAGUUUUCACCGCAGGCGGAAGGACGGCAUUACCAUUCUUCAUAUGGCUGUCCUCAGCAGAUGCUUUGAUACAGCUCUGAAGGUGCUAGAAUGGGAUGAUAUGCUUGGAGACUGGGUGGACGAGAAUGGCAUGACAUGUCUUCAGCUGCUAGCUAACAUGCCAUCUGCUUUCAAGAGCGGUUAUCCCAUGAGCAUAUUGAAGCGGCUGCUCUAUCUCUGCCUUCCAGAUGAAGACAAAUUUGGUGUUGGAACAUCGGUUACUUCAAGUGGAAGAGAAGAACCGGAGUCUGGCUGUUACAGGAGUUCCCCUGGUAGAUUCAGAAGCUUGAAUGCCUGUAUAGCCACUUCAUGGAUUUGUGUGUGGAAGUGUAUAGCUCAAGAAUUCCCAGACAUUAGAGAACUGUGGAACAUAAAAAGCCAGCACAAAAGAGCGGUUAAGUUUGUUAAACUUCUCGCUACAAGGGACCUGACAUGGAUGAGAAUAAAAGUUGGAGAAAAACCUGAAGAACUCAAUAUAUUUGACAACAUGAAGGAAAAUGAAUCAAAUGAUGAAAAUGAAUCAAAUGAUGGAAAAGAAUCCCUCCCUCAAGAUCCAGAAGAGCUUCCACGGAUUACAACUCAAGAUACUGCAUCACUUUCUGAGGCUCCACUAAUUUCAGCUGCAAGAAAUGGGAUCAUUGAGAUCGUAGAGGUCAUUCUGCAACUGUAUCCUCAGGCAAUUGAACACAAAAAUGACAAAGGUGAGAAUAUACUUCAUGUUGUAGCAAGACAUGGAAGGAAAGAAAUCAUGCAUCUUCUCCAACAUUCUCAUGCUCUGAGAUCAAGGCUUAGGAGGACGAUCAACAACAAUGGUGACAGCAUUUUGCAUCAAGCUGCAUACUUUCGCGAGCAUCAGCUGACUGACAGGCCUGGGGAAGCUCUUUUAAUGCAGUCAGAGAUACAAUGGUUUAAGCAAGUGCGGAAAAUUGUACCUCCGUAUUUCAUCAACCACCGCAAUAAACAAGAUCAUACAGCUGACGAAUUGUUCACCGAGCAACAUCGGGAGUUGGUAGAGAAGGGCCGAAAAUGGAUAGAUCAAACAACAAAAGCAUGCACUAUAGUUGCUGUCCUUAUAGCCACCGUUGCUUUUACCUGUGCAUACACCAUCCCCGGCGGUUCCAACUCAAAAACAGGCCAUCCAUUGCUUCUCGAGGAAACUCCAUUUCGCACCUUCGCAGUCUCAGACACGUUGUCACUCUGCUUCUCCCUGACUUCCGUGGUAGUUUUCCUAUCCAUUAUGACAUCGAGAAUGCACGAACGAGAUUUCCGGAGGUCUCUUCCGUUGAAGAUCGCAAUCGGCCUAAGUACAUUGUUCUUUUCCGUGACGGCCAUGAUGGUUGCUUUUGCUGCUACACUCGUGCUUAUGAUACAGCAGAGGCUACAUUGGGCUGCAAUCCCAAUUUAUACAUUGGCAUGUUUCCCGGUCACUAUUUUUCUUGUUCUCCAGUUCCCUCUCUAUCUCAAUAUUGUUUGGUUUACCGUGAGUGAUCUUCUGCUGAGUUUCAUUAACUUGCUUCCUUCUGGAACAAGUAUGGUUCGGAACCGACCUCUGCGCUAGGACUUGGGGGUUGUUAUUUAGCUAUGCCCGUCUGUUUUCCUCCUCUUCUUGGUUUUCGGCAGGUCUGUAUUUUCUUUUUUCUUUUUUUUUGGUGAAAAAAAUGUCUUUUGAGUGUGUUUCUUUGAUUUUUUAUGCCCUUUAUCUUCUAUUUUCCAAAAUGUAUUGUGCUAUGAAUAGUGUAAAACAUUAAAUA